GCGGUGCCCGGCGCGCCGGGGCGUCCCUGUGCCCGCUGUCCCGCGUCAUGGAGCGGCCGGCGCCUUUGGCCGUGCUGCCCUUCUCCGAUCCCGCGCACGCCCUCAGCCUGCUGCGCGGCUUGAGCCAGCUGCGCGCCGAGCGCAAGUUCCUGGAUGUGACCCUGGAGGCGGCGGGCGGCCGCGACUUCCCCGCGCACCGCGCUGUGCUGGCGGCCGCCAGUCCUUACUUCCGCGCCAUGUUCGCGGGCCAGCUGCGCGAGAGCCGCGCCGAGCGCGUGCGCCUGCACGGGGUGCCGCCCGACAUGCUGCAGCUGCUCCUGGACUUCAGCUACACCGGCAGGGUGGCCGUGAGCGGCGACAACGCCGAGCCGCUGCUGCGCGCCGCGGACCUGCUGCAGUUCCCCGCCGUGAAGGAGGCGUGCGGCGCCUUCCUGCAGCAGCAGCUCGACCUGGCCAACUGCCUGGACAUGCAGGACUUCGCCGAGGCCUUCAGCUGCUCGGGGCUGGCCAGCGCGGCCCAGCGCUUCAUCCUGCGCCACGUGGGCGAGCUGGGCGCCGAGCAGCUGGAGAGGCUGCCGCUGGCCCGCCUGCUGCGCUACCUGCGGGACGACGGGCUGUGCGUGCCCAAGGAGGAGGCGGCCUACCAGCUGGCGCUGCGCUGGGUCCGCGCGGACCCGCCGCGUCGCGCGGCGCACUGGCCGCAGCUGCUGGAGGCCGUGCGCCUGCCCUUCGUGCGCCGCUUCUACCUGCUGGCACACGUGGAGGCCGAGCCCCUGGUGGCGCGCUGCCCGCCUUGCCUGCGCCUGCUGCGCGAGGCCCGCGACUUCCAGGCGGCGCGCUACGACCGGCACGACCGCGGGCCCUGCCCCCGCAUGCGUCCGCGCCCGUCCACCGGCCUAGCCGAGAUCCUGGUGCUGGUGGGGGGUUGCGACCAGGACUGCGACGAGUUGGUCACAGUCGACUGCUACAAUCCGCAGACGGGCCAGUGGCGCUACCUGGCCGAGUUCCCCGACCACUUAGGCGGGGGCUACAGUAUUGUGGCGCUGGGCAACGACAUCUACGUAACGGGCGGGUCCGACGGCUCCCGGCUCUAUGACUGCGUGUGGAGGUACAACUCGAGCGUGAACGAGUGGACGGAGGUGGCUCCCAUGCUCAAGGCGAGAGAGUACCACAGCUCUUGUGUCCUGGACGGGCUCCUGUACGUGGUGGCCGCCGACAGCACGGAGCGCUACGACCAUACCACCGACUCCUGGGAGGCCCUGCAGCCCAUGACCUACCCCAUGGACAACUGCUCCACCACCGCCUGCCGAGGCCGGCUCUACGCCAUCGGCUCCCUGGCAGGCAAGGAGAGCAUGGUGAUUCAGUGCUAUGACCCGGAUGCUGACCUGUGGUCUCUGGUGGACUGUGGCCAGCUCCCACCUUGGUCGUUUGCGCCCAAGACUGUGACCCUGAACGGGCUCAUGUACUUUGUCAGGGAUGACUCCGCCGAGGUGGAUGUGUACAACCCCACAAAGAAUGAAUGGGACACGAUCCCGUCUAUGAAUCAGGUACAUGUUGGGGGCAGCCUGGCCGUCCUGGGAGGCAAGCUCUAUGUCUCUGGGGGAUAUGACAAUACGUUUGAACUCUCGGACGUGGUGGAGGCCUAUGACCCAGAGACCCGGGCGUGGAGUGUGGUGGGGCGGCUUCCAGAGCCCACCUUCUGGCACGGCAGCGUCAGCAUCUUCCGCCAGUUCAUGCCGCAGACACCAGCAGGGGGUCGUGGCUUUGAGCUGAACAGCAGCAGCGACAACAGGGAUGCAGGCCGCCUCAGGCUGCCGCAGAACCCUGACGAGCUGCACUAGCCCAGGCCUGGCCCAAGAGAGGGCCUUGGUGCAAGGGGCCUGGCACCUGCGGAGGAACGGCCCCUCCCUUUUGCACGGGAUGGGUCACCGGGCAGAGCAGUCGGCUCAUGGGUGCUGAGUGAGCCCCGAGAUCAUCCUGUGAAGGUGUCUGUACAUUCGGAGCCUACGUCACAGCUUCUAGGGACGACGCUGCUGGUGACCCGUGUGGCUAAGAACUAGCGGCUCCUCCCGUCGUGUAUCUCUGCCUUCCAGAAGUUACCUCCAGCUUGUAGCACCCAGCUCACCACGCAGUGUGCCUGUCCUUGCCGCCACCUCCUGGGCCUGCUUGAUCCCAGAGCAGAGGGCAAGGGUCCCUGUGACAGAAAGUAGCCUGGCCUGGAACACGGGGGCCCCAGGAAGAAGACAAAGACUAUCUAUGUUAGAGUGCUAACCUCCACGUCUGGUAGCAAGGCUCCCUGUAGCUAAUGCUGCAGCUCCAAGGGGCGUCAGCUCACCUAGCCUCGCAUGUCCGGUGGGGUCUCACCCCCAGGACAGGCUUUCAGGUUCCGAGUACAGACUGAGCUGGUGGAUUAAGCCACAGUGUGAGCUUGAAGGGGUUUCCAUAGUGCAUGCUCUCAUCUGGCCAGGAGUCUCUCUCCUCUGUCCCUGGCUUUCCCUGGGGCUCUGUCUCAAACCUGCAGAGGCAAGGCCGGGUUGGGGGAGAUGAGCACUGUUCACAAAGCUAGAUCGCUGUGCCACCUGGGGAAUCUCACGGACACUUGUCUUUAGUGGACAGAUGCCGGGCCUGGAAGUAGAGACUCCUGCUUCUAAAGGCAGCCGGGCGCAGCGGCCCCAGCGCUUGGGUCUAGGUUUGAAACGCUUGGAGUUGAACUCGAAAAGAAACAGAGUUGGGAGAAGUAAAUGACUAGUGGCUCUGUCUGACUUGAAGAGAUACAAUACGGGUCACCGUUAGAAACUUGCCGCCAUUGUGUGGAAAGCUUAAGAUUCCUAGGAGCUCAGGCCCCGGUGUGGAGGACCAGGACCCCCGAGCCACAGCUCGGGGAACGCCUGGGUUUCUUCCUGACUUUGGUGUCAUGGGUUUUGGGUGCUGAGACCGAUCAAGGUACCCAGUGACCUCUCUGCUGGGGUUUGUCGUCAUGCCUCUUUCUGGGGAAGAGGGUGUUAGGACUGUUAUUAGAGACAAAGCCAGGGUUCAGGCUAUUUUGGUGAACUUGGCAGGUGGGUGGGGCUCUCAGAACAGAGCCUGGCCCAUCACAUACCCAUAGCCCUCUUCUUGGCCAGGUGGCAGUGGUGGGGGGGCUGCCUUAAUUUCCCAGGUACCCACCCGCUUCCUCUUCGGUGUCGCACAUGGCAGAUGCCAUCCUGUUGGGUUUGGAAUCCGAGUUCUAAAGUGCUGUGCUGGGCACCUGACCCUGGAAAGGGCUGAGUGAGUGCGUGCGGGGCAGUGCUGUCCCAGUGUGGCCCGCUGGUGUCCCAGGCUCCUGUGGGGUGUGCGGCUGUAGUUGGUUUUGGUCCCUGGUGCUGUCAGCCCAGCCCUCUAGUGCCUUUCCUCAGUGAGCCUUGAAAAGCUGCCAGCCAGCGGUGUUGGUACUGUGGGGUGCCUUAGCAUGGCAGGGCGGGGCCGUGUGUGGACUUGCCACCCCUGUCAGAUCCUCUCCGGGGCAGGUUAGGCAAGUUAGGAAACCCCUGUAUCUGCACUCCCGUGACCUGCGGGGCUACUGCGCUGUAGAGCACGCUUGCACGGGGCGCCUCUGCCCACCUAUGCUCCCGACCUACUCAGGUUUCCACGACUAAGGAUAGUGCCCAGUAGGCCCUCACUGUGGACUCACUGGAGUCCAGGACAGUCCCUGCCUCAGCUUCACCUUAGCCACGGGCUCUGGGGUGCAACCCCACCACUUGACACGUCUCUGCACUAACAGGGAUUAACGCUGGGUCACGUUGGUAUGGGAUUGUCCCUGUCACAUGUAAAAAGCUUUUAUAUGUCGGGAUAAAAUUAAGUUAUGAAAAGUUCUGUGCCUGGUAUCUGAUGCUGAUCUGUAAGGGAUUUCUCGUAUUUAUGACAUCAGAGAUGUAUUAAUGAAGGUCACCUUCCUUAGGUGACCCGCACUCGGUCACACCAGUGGCUGGGGCAGAUUUGUGUAUUUAUUUUUGUCUACUCUGUAGACUUCUAUGUGCCGCAUUCUAAGGUUUUAGGAUGCUCCUCUACUUUUUGAAAUAAAAUGUUUCCUAUA